AUGGCGUCCUGGCCAUUCUCCUUCGCGCUUUUGCCAUUUAUUCUCCUCUUUCUCUCCUUAAUUCACUCGGCGACGGCCCUCAAGUUCAACCUCCAAGCUUACCGCUACCCGCCUCAAAAAUGUAUCUGGAACGCUGCGCACGCCAACGCCCUCGUUAUCGUCACCGCGAACGUCGGUGCCGGACGGAACCAGCGAGUAGACAUCGAAAUUGUUGAUUCAGGGCCUGCAAAGAACGUAUACUUGAGCAAGAGGGACAUCAAGGCCGAGUCACGACUGGCUAUCACAACACAUGCGGAAGGCGAGGUCGGCGUAUGUCUAAGGAACUACAUUGUCGGAGAUGUAUCACACGACGACCUCACCAAACUGAGUCGUGUCAUCGACCUGGAUAUAGAUAUUGGUGCUGACGCCGUUGACUACAACGCUAUCGCCAACCAGGAGUCGCUAUCAGGGCUGGAAACUGAGAUGCGGAAACUUGAGGGUCUCGUAAAAGAGGUUGUUGACGAAAUGAACUACCUCAAGAAGCGUGAAGAGAGAUUCACGUCAACCAACUACUCGACAAACCAACGAGUGCAAUCAUUUGCUUGGUUCACGAUUCUCUCCCUCGCUGGCCUGGGUGUAUGGCAAAUAUUCCACCUUCGCUCAUUCUUCAAGCGAAAGUACCUUAUCGAUUAA